AUGGCGAGGCUGAACGAUGACCAUUUCCCCGACGCGGAGGUUCACGCCUCGAACUAUAUUCUGAGUCCCCAGCCGUGUGCCCCUCCCAGCAAGGAGUUCCUAAUUGCUUCCCUCGAGACAGCCCACCUACCUAGUGAGGCCGGAUCGACAAUCGAUGACGGGCAAAUGUCUAUCCUAAGCUACGAGUACAGUUCAUCCGGCUCGUCGACCCGACCCUCGACUAGUGAUAUAUUCGGUCGCGAGAUGGAUGAAGAACUGGAGCAAAUGAAGUCCCGGGCGUCGAGCCGCUCUUCGCUGUCAUCAGUUCCGGCCUCCGUCCUAGUGCACCCUCUGGAUCAAAUAAAACAUAUACCGGCCAUGAGCAUGCACGCACGCGGCAAUGGGUGUUCGAUAGAAGACGACGAAGCAAACUUCGGCGGCUUCGACGGACUGCCGCAAUCGAUACGCACCAUUCGACAACGCGAGGCUGCGUUUCGGAAACCGAGCUCCGUGCGGGCGAUGCAGAUGCAUACAGAGGAUGAAGCGGAUGACGAUGAAUUUUUGACUCCACCUAGGCGACGGCCAGGCAUGCGAUCGCCUGGAACAUCGCCGCUUAAACGAUCACCGCACUAUUCGCCCAAAGCAUCCCAAAGCAAACAGAGUGUCAAGAAGGAAUAUCCGCUUGUGCUGCUACACUGUACACUUCUCGCCCCGUCUCUCCCAGUCCCUGAUGCAGCUGAGCUGCGUUACCAGAAAAUAGUCGAGGAGGUAUUGCCGGUGCAAUACUGGAAGCGAUGGUGCAGACUGCAAGAGAAGGUUGGCUCCGGAGUACUUCGCGAUCGGGGCGUAUUGAUCUCCCACCCCGAGGAUCUAUACGACAUGCUGGAAGAACGACUGCUGGAAAGUCUUGAACUACAGCGCCCACGUGUGCACCAGGGCCAUUUCCUCGGCCAUGAGGAGAGCGGCCCGGUUUCGGAGGGUGAGACGUCCGACAGAGGGGAGAGCGAGACAGACGGCGAGCAGGGCAAUGAAUGCCCCGACUGCGGUGGACAUGUUCUGUACCAUGAUGACAGCAAUCGUAAAUGGGAGAUCAGGGUCUACGCUGCUAAUGGCCUCAUGCGCGCUGGCGCCUGGGCUGCUGCGUGGAAAGAAAUGGAGAAGGUAGAUGUGGAGGUUGGACUUUGGCUACCGUCAGACGUACGGCGCGCCUUGGAGAAGCGACUUGCAGAAGAGCGUGCGGCUAUGCCUACUGAGGAAACCCACCCCACAAUGGCCUUCAACGAUGCGGCGAAGCUGGAUAUAGACCCACGCCGAUUGUCUGUCCAGACCCACUCUAGGACAUUCAGCGAUACUGGGUCCUUCCGAGCUGGCGACCACCCUAUUGAGCCCCAUUUUGGGGAUCGGGGACCUGGCUUCUUGGCGGCCAAGCAAGAGAAGCAGGAACAUGAGAUUGCCCUCCGGACUCUGUUAAUUAACUAUGUCCGCGUCUUGGCUGGUGACAGGCGUAAUGUCGCGCUGGUCUUCAUGAGUAUUCUUGUGGUCUUCCUCGCCAUUGGAUCCGGCCCGCCGCAACAACAGCUCCAAAAUGUUCUGCACUCGUUUACUCAUGAGACCUUCCAGUCUACUCCAGCACCGAGGGUCAACGUGAAUAUCAAUCCGCCAGCUUUGUCGGUUGCUUCUUCAUGCACCGGCUUGGUGGAGAGCACUGUUCCUACCUCGAGCCUGAUGGCUUCCAUGCCAAUUUCCGAAUCAGGCAUUCCUUUCUUCACUGAGGAGAUUGUCUCAUCAACGACUGCCGCUGAGGUCGAAACCGAAUUUCUCGAACCUGAGCCUUUCCCCGAAGCCACGCCACUAGAGGAACUCCCGGGGGAAUCCCAGGAAGAAGUCCACCUUGAGCCGGUCGAGGUAGCAGAAGCAAUCCACGUACCAGAAGCACCAAUUGAGCCUGCCGAGGAAUAUCAUGAAGCUUGGCCGGAACCUCUCCCUGCCGAGGAGCAAUAA